AUUCUCUCUCUUUCUUCUGUCUCUCUCUCUCUAAUCUUCCAAAAAAAAUUCGGACGCACUCAUUCUUAAUCCUCGUACUCGAUCUUCUCGUUAAAAUAUCGUACCUCCGAUAUUUUGUUUUCUAUUUCUCAUCACUCUCUCACUCAUUCUUCUUCCUUAGCUCACUUAAUCACGUUCAAGAAGCGAUUAUUUGCUGUGUUUGGAGAUGGAAAAAAUGAAAAGCUAAAAAGCAAAAGGAAAAGCGAAAAUCUCGUUGUUUAGGUUGCUUCAUUUCAUUGAGGAGUACUUCACAUAAGGAAAUAAUUAAUAAUUGAAAGAAAAGGAAAAAGAGUGUGAUUAAAGAAAAAAGAUGUUUACAUGCAUAGCUUGUACGAAACAAACAUCAGAUGAGAGGGAUGAAGAUGGGCGUGAGAGUGGCACGCCUAAUACUAAAGAAGCCGUCAAAAGCCUUACUACUCAGAUAAAGGAUAUGGCGCUAAAGUUUUCGGGUGCUUACAAGCAAUGCAAACCCUGCACAGGAGGAUCAAGCAGCUACAACAAGAAAGGAAAUAGACCAUAUCCAGAUUUUGACACAAUCUCAGAAGGUGUUCCAUACCCUUAUAUUGGAGGUGCAAGUUCAAGUUCAACUCCUGCAUGGGACUUCACUACUUCUAACUACCCUGGUGCAAGAUAUGCCGGAGACCGUACCCCUAGAGGACGCGACUCUGCAUCCGUCUGUGAUGUAGUGUUAGAGGAUGAGGAUGAACCUAAGGAAUGGAUGGCACAGGUUGAGCCAGGGGUUCAUAUUACCUUUGUUUCUCUUCCUAAUGGUGGAAAUGAUCUCAAGAGAAUUCGUUUCAGCCGUGAGAUGUUCAAUAAAUGGCAAGCUCAAAAAUGGUGGGGCGAGAAUUACGACAGAAUCAUGGAACUUUACAAUGUCCAACGAUUUAAUAGACAAGCUCUCAACACUCCUCCAAGAUCUGAGGCCGAUGAGCAAAGAGAUUCUACUUACUCGCGAUUGACAUCAGCAUCAGCAAGAGAAAGUCCUAUGGCAUCAGUUAAGGAUUGGACACCACGAAGUCACUACAAACCAUCUGGACAGUUAGAUCAAGGCGGAGGCCACCACUUUCAAGCAGGGUCAUCUAUGGAACCGUCAAGGGCAACCACAUCAUCUAGAGAUGAACCUUCUAUUAGCAAUGCAAGUGAAAUGGAGUCAGAAUGGGUUGAACAAGAUGAGCCUGGAGUUUACAUUACAAUCAGACAGUUAUCCGAUGGUACUAGGGAACUUAGACGUGUCAGAUUCAGCCGGGAAAGAUUUGGCGAGGUAAAUGCAAAAACAUGGUGGGAAGAGAACAGAGAAAGAAUACAAUCUCAAUACCUUUGAAGUCUAUUUUCCUAACAAAAAGUGGAUAUCCUAAACUUGUGGAAUCCAAAAUUUUGUUUCCUAGAGAUUGUCGGUAUGACUCCGGAUUAUUAACAGUUUAGAUUGUAUGUAGCCGAUAUUGUCUCAACGGUAAAAUACAAGUCUUUGGAUUAAUCUAACUGCCACAGCAGUCAAAUUAUAGAGUGGAGUACUAUAGAGAAAGGUUGGAGUGUUAAAUUGACACUGUCAUGUGAUAGUGCAAAUCAUGGAUUUAACUUUGUGGUAACUCCAUUUUUGUCAAGGAUUAGUUGCCAUUGAAUUUGGAAAGUCUAAUUUUCAUUACAUAGCCAAAAAAAAAUUAUAUUCUCAUUUUGUUGUCUUUCCUUUUUUAAGGGAUGUUUUUUUGCUGUAACACAUUUAUUAUGAUUUGUUUAUUUUUUUCCCCUCAAGUGGAACUGUGUUUUUAGACUUAUGUUUGCUACUUUAGACCAAAUUGUUUUG